UGGGAUCCCGCCGCCGCUGCACGUCCUCAUCCACGCGACACCUGUAGCCUCGAGGACAGCGCGCACACACAGCCACAUACGAAAUCGAGCGGAGAAGCGACGAGACAUCAUGGCGCCCGUGUCGUUCUGGCAAGCGCCCGGCACAUGGAUCCACUACAUGGCCCGGAGGAAGCCUGCCCUGUUCUGGUCCGUUGUCGUGGGCUCUCUCGGCCCAGUCACAAUGGUCGUUGUGCCGCCCAUCAGACACCGCCUAGGCGACGGACCGCGAAACCAGAUUCCUCUCACAUAUCCGAUUCCGAAAGGCAAGCGAGUAAUACCCACGGGCUACGAUGACUAGGCGAGGAGGGGAGAUAUGCGGUAGAGCCGGAAGUACAGCAGUCGAGCGAGAGAUAGAGCUUAUGGCGUUACAUGGGAAAGACGCCAUGCGCAUCGCGCGGGCCUCUGCAGUGGAGAAGAGACUUGCGCUGUAGAUAUACCAAAAUUGACAAAUGUUCAAACUUUAGGUCAGCGAGGACAGACUGCCCAUACGUUUUCGAGCUCCAAUGUUGGCCGAGAAGGACAGCAGAG